AAUUUCCACAACCCCAACAAAAUGCGACGCUCUAGAAUCCCCAUUUUCCUCGCGAUUUGCGCUAUCCUGGCCGUCCAUGUGGCGGUUUCAGCUUCAUCUCCGACGCUUGAUUUCGCCGGCGGCCACUUCCUCCCGAUCAAAUCGGAGUGCAGCGGGUCCAUCGCCGAGUGCCUGAUGCAAGGCGGGGAGGACUCUUCGGAUUUCGAAGCCGAGUUCGCCAUGGGAUCCGAGAUCAGCAGACGCAUUCUAGCGACUACUCGGUACAUCAGCUACGGUGCGCUGAGGAGAAACACAGUGCCGUGUUCCCGACGUGGUGCAUCAUACUACAACUGCCGACCUGGAGCUCAGGCAAAUCCCUACUCACGCGGCUGCAGUAGAAUUACACGAUGUCGGCGGUAGAUUAAUUUAUUUAAGUAUUUUUUAAUAUUAAAAAUAACAAUAUUGUUUGAUUUUUAAUUGUGUGUUGUUGUCAUGUUGAUUAGAUGAAUUGUUGUUUAUAUAUUUUCCCGAAUUUUUAUCAAAUUCGUAUAUAAAACAAGUGACUGGUAUAAAUUUGAAGAUUAUUCGAUUAAAU